UACACCACAAUCAAAAUUAGAAAUCAUCGCUGGUGGGACAAUUGGAGGAGUUGUUUUAGUUGUACUUGUUGCUCUUUUGAUCUUUAACAGAAGAUACCAAAUUUUAUGUGUUGAAAGAAAACAAAAUUCAAGUAACAGAAAAAUGGAAGAGUUAAACACUAUCUGUGGCACACAAAGGCUUGAAACAGAGAGGAGAGCUCAAUAUGAAGAGCUGACACAGAUUCGUCGGGAUCAGGAAAACGGAUAUGACGUCAUUAAACCGCCAAUGAAUAAUGGAUCAUACGGUACAACAUAUGAAGAACUGAAACACGGGAAAGAAGAACACAGAUAUGAAAAACUUUCAGCCCCUACAGCUAUGGUAAACUACGAAAAACUACAAAAUAAGACUGGUCACGUAAAACAACCUUUUGAACCAUCAAGAACACAAAGUAAUAGACAACCUCUGCAUUUUGGACAAGAUUACCUUACACCAAUUGGAUACAGAAGAUAAA